CAUUCGGCUCAGUGAGUGAAUAGUUUGUUCAAGCAAGAAUCCGAUCUCCCUUUGCUGUCCCAGAUCCCCAAUAUCUGUUUACUGACACCCGCUGCCUCUCAACGGUCUUUGUCAAUGCUCAUUUCCUUCAAAUUUCUUGUAACCGCACACCCAUAAACAAAAUGCAGACAGCCCGAGGGCCGGUGUAACUGUCUCCCGGCCUCUUGUCAUUGGGAUCACUUCCUUCGAAGGCUUCAGUGAGCUGGUUACAUUGAAGUAGGCUGCAAGGAAGGAUUUAAUUUCACUGAAUUCGUCAAUGAUGCAAGGCCUCUACGGGGGAUAUUUCAAGUAGUGGCAGGGCUCCGGAACUGUCCGCUGGUGAAAAUGCAUUGAGCUUGCCCAUGUGUAGUCUAUUGUUGCUCUUGUGACGCUGCUGUUGGGGAGAGGAGGGCGCCUUUGAACAAUAGAGGACAAAUACAGAGGCUUUUAGUCGAGCACAGCCUUUUCCAAAACACCACUGCUUAACAGCACCGAAUAUGGAGCCUAGUCUGCAGUAGAAGUGGAUGUAAUUUGUUGUAUUUCUGCAUCGAGUCAACGAUGAAUUCCGCAGAAGGGGCAGACGAAUGCGUCAACGAUGGUGAUAUUGCAGCAUUUUUCAAGACAGGACCUUUCAGGAGUGAUGGAUUAAAAGUAUCUGAUGUGAUGUCUAUAAUGAAGGAAAAAGUUGCCUUUGUUUCAGGAGGACGUGAUAAAAGAGGUGGCCCAAUUUUAACAUUCCCAGCUCGAAGUAACCAUGACAGAAUAAAACAAGACGAUCUCCGGCAACUUGUCACAUAUUUAGCCAGUGUACCCAGUGAAGAUGUGAGUAAAAGAGGAUUUACUGUUAUCAUCGAUAUGAGAGGCUCCAAAUGGGAUUUGAUCAAGCCUCUCCUUAAAACUCUUCAGGAAUCUUUCCCUGCUGAAAUCCACGUUGCACUGAUUAUUAAACCAGAUAACUUCUGGCAGAAGCAAAAAACCAACUUUGGGAGUUCAAAAUUUAUAUUUGAGACAAGUAUGGUAUCCGUGGAAGGGCUUUCUAAGUUGGUGGAUCCUUCCCAAUUGACUGAAGAGUUUGAUGGUACACUGGAGUAUAAUCAUGACGAAUGGAUUGAGCUUCGACUGGCCUUGGAAGAAUUCAUAAGCAGUGCUGUGCAUUUGUUGUCCAGACUAGAAGACCUGCAGGAAAUGUUGGCCAGGAAAGAGUUUCCCCUGGAUGUUGAAGGUUCUAGAAAAUUAAUUGAUGAACAUACACAAUUGAAGAAGAAGGUUAUCAAAGCCCCUGUGGAGGAACUGGACCAUGAAGGACAAAGAUUGCUGCAGUGUAUAAGGUGCAGUGAUGGUUUUUCUGGAAAGAACUGCAUAUCUGGCAGUGCAGAUUUUCAAAGCGUUGUGCCAAAGAUCACCAGUCUACUAGAUAAACUACACUCAACUCGACAGCACUUACAUCAGAUGUGGCAUGUUCGGAAACUGAAGCUAGAUCAAUGCUUCCAGCUUCGGCUCUUUGAACAAGAUGCAGAAAAGAUGUUUGACUGGAUUAGCCACAACAAACAAUUGUUUCUUCAAAGUCAUACUGAGAUUGGAGUGAGUUACCAGCAUGCUCUGGAUCUACAGACUCAGCACAAUCACUUUGCUAUGAACUCAAUGAAUGCAUAUGUCAACAUCAAUCGCAUCAUGUCUGUCGCAUCCAGACUUUCAGAAGCUGGUCAUUAUGCAUCCCAGCAGAUCAAGCAGAUAUCUGCUCAACUUGAUCAAGAGUGGAAGAGUUUUGCAGCUGCUUUAGAUGAGCGUAGCACUAUCUUGGCAAUGUCUGCUGUAUUUCACCAGAAGGCUGAACAGUAUUUAUCAAGUGUUGAUAUCUGGUGCAAAACCUGUGCUGAAGGAGGACUUCCAUCUGAAAUGCAAGAUUUGGAGAUUGCAAUUCACCAUCAUCAGACGCUGUAUGAGCAGAUUACACAGGCAUAUGCAGAGGUAAGUCAGGAUGGCAAAGCUCUUCUAGAUGUACUGCAGCGACCUUUAAGCCCGGGGAAUUCUGACUCACUCACUGCAACUGCAAAUUACUCCAAAGCAGUCCAUCGGGUCUUAGACAUUGUGCAUGAAGUGUUGCAUCACCAGAGAAGGCUUGAAAGUAUCUGGCAGCACCGCAAAGUCCGACUGCACCAACGGCUUCAGCUAUGUGUUUUUCAGCAGGAUGUUCAACAGGUUUUAGACUGGAUAGAAAACCAUGGGGAAGCAUUUCUAAGUAAACACACUGGGGUUGGAAAGUCACUUCACAGGGCUCGGGCACUUCAAAAGAGGCAUGAUGAUUUUGAAGAAGUAGCUCAGAAUACAUACACCAAUGCUGAUAAGCUGCUGGAAGCAGCAGAGCAGUUAGCCCAGACCGGAGAAUGUGAUCCUGAGGAGAUCUACAAAGCUGCCCGACACCUCGAAGUACGGAUUCAAGAUUUUGUACGAAGAGUGGAGCAUAGGAAACUUCUGCUGGAUAUGUCAGUGUCAUUUCACACCCACACAAAGGAGCUGUGGGCAUGGAUGGAAGAGCUCCAAAAGGAGCUGCUGGAAGAUGUUUGUGCUGACUCGGUGGAUGCAGUACAGGAACUUAUCAAACAGUUUCAACAGCAACAAACGGCAACACUUGAGGCAACUUUAAAUGUCAUAAAGGAAGGGGAGGACCUAAUUCAACAACUCAGGGACUCUGCAAUUUCCAACAAUAAAACCCCACAUAAUAGCUCCAUCAGCCACAUUGAAAGUGUACUCCAGCAGCUCGAUGACGCCCAGGGACAGAUGGAAGAGCUUUUCCACGAGCGAAAAAUCAAGUUAGAUAUCUUCUUGCAGCUUAGGAUUUUUGAACAGUAUACAAUUGAGGUGACAGCAGAGCUAGAUGCCUGGAAUGAAGAUCUGCUUCGUCAAAUGAAUGAUUUUAAUACAGAAGACCUGACUUUAGCUGAACAGCGACUGCAGCGACACACAGAACGCAAACUGGCCAUGAACAACAUGACAUUUGAUGUCAUUCAGCAGGGCCAAGAUUUGCACCAAUAUAUCAUGGAAGUGCAAGCAUCAGGAAUUGAACUAACAUGUGAUAAAGACAUGGAUCUAGGAACACAAGUGCAAGAGCUGCUGGAGUUUCUUCAUGAUAAACAACAAGAGCUCGAGCUGAAUGCUGACCAGACACAAAAGCGUCUAGAGCAAUGUUUACAGCUUCGUCACCUACAGGCAGAAGUUAAACAGGUAUUAGGCUGGAUACGAAAUGGAGAGUCUAUGCUCAAUGCAAGCCUUGUUAAUGCCAGCUCCCUAUCGGAGGCAGAACAGCUUCAACGAGAACAUGAGCAAUUUCAGCUGGCCAUAGAGAAAACCCACCAAAGUGCCCUUCAAGUACAGCAGAAGGCUGAGACCAUGCUACAGGCUGGCCACUAUGACUCAGAUGCCAUCAGAGAAUGUGCUGAGAAAGUAGCACUUCACUGGCAACAGCUGAUGCUGAAGAUGGAGGACAGACUCAAACUGGUUAAUGCAUCCGUGGCUUUCUAUAAGACAUCUGAACAGGUAUGCAGUGUCCUUGAGAGUCUGGAACAAGAAUACAGGAGGGAUGAAGACUGGUGUAGAGGUCAAGAUAAACUGGGGCCAAAUGCUGACACUGACCAUGUGACACCACUAAUAAGCAAGCAUUUGGAGCAAAAAGAGGCCUUUCUUAAGGCCUGCACUCUGGCCCGCAGGAAUGCUGAGGUAUUUUUGAAGUACAUUCAUAGGAACAAUGUGAGUAUGCCUGGUGUGGCUGCUCAUACAAGAGGCCCUGAGCAGCAAGUGAAAGCUAUUCUGAGUGAGCUACUUCAGAGAGAGAACAGAGUUCUUCAUUUCUGGACAAUGAAAAAGAGAAGACUGGACCAAUGUCAGCAGUAUGUGGUGUUUGAAAGAAGUGCUAAACAGGCUUUGGACUGGAUCCAAGAAACAGGCGAAUAUUACCUCUCCACCCAUACCUCUGCUGGGGAAACUACUGAAGAAACUCAGGAUCUUAUGAAGGAAUAUGGUGAAUUCAGGAUUUCUGCCCAGCAAACCAAGGAAAAGGUGAAGCUCAUCAUUCAACUGGCUGACAGCUUUGUGGAAAAAGGGCAUGCACAUGCUUGUGAGAUUAAGAAAUGGGUCACAGCAGUCGAUAAACGUUAUCGAGAUUUCUCACUAAGAAUGGGAAAAUACAAAUCAUUUUUGGAAAAGGGCCUUGGAAUCACCUCCGAGGACAAUAAAGAUCUAGAACUGGACAUUAUUCCAGCGAGUCUCACUGACCCUGAGGUUAAGCUGCGAGAUGCCAACCAUGAAGCUAAUGAAGAGAAAAGAAAAUCUGCCAGAAAGAAAGAGUUUAUAAUGGCUGAACUUCUCCAGACUGAAAAAGCAUAUGUUAGGGAUUUACAUGAAUGUCUUGAGACCUACUUUUGGGAAAUGACCUGUGGAGUGGAAGAGAUUCCCCCUGGUAUUAUUAACAAGGAACAUAUCAUAUUUGGAAAUAUCCAGGAGAUCUAUGAAUUUCAUAACAAUAUCUUUCUGAAAGAACUAGAGAAGUAUGAACAGCUGCCAGAAGACGUAGGACACUGUUUUGUGACAUGGGCAGACAAAUUCCAAAUGUAUGUCUCAUACUGCAAAAACAAACCUGACUCAAGCCAGCUAAUCUUAGAGCAUGCAGGAGCCUUUUUUGAUGAAAUUCAACAAAGGCAUGGUUUGGCCAAUUCCAUUUCAUCCUACCUAAUUAAACCUGUUCAGAGAAUCACUAAGUACCAGCUCCUACUGAAGGAACUUUUAACCUGCUGUGAAGAAGGCAAGGGUGAAUUAAAGGACGGUCUUGAAGUGAUGCUUAGUGUACCCAAGAGAGCCAAUGAUGCUAUGCACGUCAGCAUGUUGGAGGGGUUUGAUGAAAACUUUGAUGUUCAAGGUGAACUCAUCCUUCAAGAUACCUUCCAAGUAUGGGAUCCCAAAUCUCUCAUUCGUAAAGGACGGGAACGGCAUUUGUUUCUCUUUGAAUUAUCUUUGGUAUUUAGCAAGGAGAUCAAGGAUUCUUCAGGACACAGCAAAUAUGUUUACAAGCACAAGUUACUAACAUCAGAGUUAGGGGUGACUGAGCAUGUAGAAGGCGAUCCCUGCAAAUUUGCCUUGUGGGUCGGCCGAACACCUUCUUCAGACAACAAGACUGUCCUCAAGGCCUCAAACAUUGAAACAAAACAGGACUGGAUCAAAAAUAUUCGAGAAGUCAUACAGGAGAGAACUAUCCACCUGAAAGGAGCUUUGAAAGAACCUAUUCAGCUACCCAAAACCCCUGCAAAACAAAGGAAUAACAGUAAAAGGGACAUAGGAGAAGAUGGGGAUAGUCAGGGAGAUGGCAGCAGUCAGCCAGACACUAUUUCCAUUGCAUCAAGGACCUCACAGAAUACCAUGGACAGUGACAAGCUUUCUGGAGGUUGUGAAUUGACAGUGGUGCUGCAAGAUUUCUUGGCAAGCAACAGCAGUGAACUCAGUAUCCAAACAGGACAAACUGUUGAGCUACUGGAGAGACCCAGUGAAAGGCCUGGCUGGUGCUUAGUACGUACAACAGAAAGAAGCCCUCCUCUGGAAGGUUUGGUUCCCAGCAGUACACUCUGCAUAUCUCACUCCCGCAGCAGCGUGGAAAUGGAGUGUUUCUUCCCAUCUGGAAAAGAUGCUUAUUCGCCGAACGACAAUGGAGCAAAAUCUGAAUCUGUCUCAAACCUUCAGCCUCAGCCUUCGUUAAACUCCAUGCAGAAUUCCCCAGGACCCAAACGUUCAGGAAACACUUUGAAGAAAUGGCUGACUAGCCCUGUCCGUAGACUCAGCAGUGGCAAGGCCGACAAUCGGAAGAUUGUUAAGCAGAAACGAGGCAGGAAUGGCAAAGCAAGCAUGGAUCCAGCUUCACCCAAGGCAGGAGAGAAUGAAAAUGCACCUCAGGAAGACAGUGCAGAUGAGAAGGGAAGGAAAGAUGAACCACCCAGUGGAACUUUAUCCAAGUCUUCAUCUGGAAUGCAGAGUGGAGGAGAGGAUGAACCAGAUGACGAGUCGCAUACCCCUCUUCCUCCACCAAUGAAAAUCAUUGACAAUGACCCAUCGCCAGAGGAUUGCUCCUCUUUGCAUACUGCCCGUCAGAGUGCUUCUGAAAUUCCCAGUGCUGCGGACCUUGUCAGUGCAAUCGAAAAGCUGGUUAAAAGUAAACUGACUCUGGAACCAGGCUGCUCCUUUCGAAGUAAUUUGAAAGAUCCUCUUAGUCCUGAGUCAAUGAAUUCUUCAAUGUCACCUGGAGACCUUGAUGAAGAAAGACGAGCCAAAGCACUUAAAGGCAGAGCAUAUGUCCUAAAUGAGCUUGUUCAAACUGAGAAGGAUUAUGUGAAAGAUUUGGGUGUUGUAGUAGAGGGUUUCAUGAAAACGAUAGAAGAAAAAGGAGUCCCUGAUGACAUGAAAGGAAAAGAGAAGAUAGUUUUUGGAAAUAUUCAUCAGAUUUAUGACUGGCACAAUAGCUAUUUCCUGGGAGAACUGGAAAAAUCCCUGCAGGAACCAGAACGUUUGGCAGAGCUCUUCAUCAAGCAUGAAAGACGUUUAGGCAUGUAUGUGGUGUACUGCCAAAACAAGCCAAAAUCUGAGUAUAUUGUGGCAGAGUAUGAUGCCUUCUUUGAGGAAAUAAAACAGGAAUUGGGUCAGAGGCUCAGCCUAAGUGACUUUCUUAUAAAGCCGAUACAGAGGAUAACAAAGUAUCAGCUACUUAUUAAGGACUUUCUGAAAUACAGUGAAAAAGCUGGACUUGAAUGUUCAGAGAUCAAGAAAGCUGCUGAUGUGAUGUAUCUUGUACCAAAACGCUGCAAUGAUAUGAUGAAUUUGGGAAGACUUGAGGAUUUUGAUGGCAAGAUCACAGCACAAGGGAAAUUACUACAGCAGGAUACCUUCUAUGUGACCGAACAAGAUUCUGGAGUUCUCUCCCGAAGUAAGGAACGAAGGGUCUUCCUCUUUGAACAGAUUGUAAUCUUCAGUGAACUACUGAACAAGGGUUCCUCAACACCAAGGUAUCAGUUCAAGAACAGCAUUAAGAUGAGUUACCUUAAUAUUGAGGAGAAUGUGGAAAACGAACUGUGCAAGUUUGCUCUGAUAUCACGUGGAACAUCUGAGCGAUUCAUCUUACAGGCACCAAGCAUUGAAGUUUGGCAGGCUUGGGUUCAGGAUAUCAAUCAAGUUCUUGAUGCUCAGCGUAAUUUCUUAAAUGCACUGCAAUCACCAAUUGAAUAUAUGAAAAAAGAAAGUGGUAGUAAUUCCUUAGUCAAAACACAAGCAAGCCGGAUUCCCCAGCCCAAAAUCAGAGCACUCUCCACUGCACAGGUGGGGUGUGAAAAGCCACCGAAGCCAUCGGCUCACAAUCCUUCACUACCAGCGUUAAAGUUAUCUACCUCCAAUGGCACGACAAACUACAAUGACGAUCAGCAAUAUGGAGAUAAUUACGAGCAAAUCAAGAACAACACUGCUGGAUGCAAUGGGACCUCUACCAUGUUGGUCACUCAAGAUUACAGUGCAGUGAAGGAGAAUGAGAUCUGCGUGUUUCAGGGAGAAGUGGUUCAGGUCCUUGCCAUUAACCAGCAAAACAUGUUCCUAGUGUACCGACCUGCGAAUGAACACUCCCCUGCUGCUGAAGGGUGGAUUCCAGGCUUUAUCCUGAGUUAUACCAGUGACUACUCCACAGAGACUGACGAAGGAUGCAUCAAGAAGUCAUGUUCUUGGCAUACAUCACUGCAUUUGAGAAAACGUGGAGAAAAGGAGAGCAGUGUGAAAAAUGAAGGGAGGUUUGAAAAUGAUGAUCGUAAAUCCAAGGAUAUUCUGACCAACAAAGCCUCUGUUGAUGAGUCUAACAGUUCUGAGGAAUCCGAAUGUGAUGAUCUUGACCCUAAAACUAGUAUGGAGUUGCUAAAUCCAAAUUUUAUUCAUGAAGUGCCGCCUGAAUUUCUUGUCCCCUUAGCUGAUUUGACAUGUGCUAUUGGUGAAACAGUCAUACUACGUUGUAAAGUAUGUGGACGACCCAAACCCACUGUGAGCUGGAAAGGGCCAGAUCAAAAUGUUCUUGUCAAUGAUGCUCGUUAUGCCCUAUCAUUCAGUGAUUCUGGAGAGGUUAUGCUUAAAAUUUGCAAUAUCAUGCCUCAAGACAGUGGAAUAUAUAGUUGUGUGGCUCUGAAUGAAAUGGGAUCAACAUCAUCUUCAGCAACAAUUAAAGUGCAGGGCGUACCAGCAGCCCCAGGUCGACCUAUAGCCCAGGAGAGGAGCAAUAGCUCUGUUAUUCUGAGAUGGUUACCUCCAGCAAGUACAGGAAACUGCACCAUUUCCAGUUACACUGUUGAAUAUAGAGAAGAAGGAACACUGGCAUGGCAGCAAUCAGUAGCAUCCACUUUGGACACCUACCUUGUGAUUGAGGACCUGAUUCCAGGCUGUCAGUACCAGUUCCGAGUCAGUGCAAGUAACCCUUGGGGAAUCAGCUCACCAAGUGAGCCAUCUGAUUUUGUAACACUGUCUUGCAGCAAUGAGCCUACAAGUGAUGACUCAAGAAUUCCAUGGAAGGAUAACUUCGAAUCUGCUUACACAGAACUAUUUGAGAUUGGAAGGGGUCGUUUCUCUGUGGUGAAAAAAUGUAUACAAAAGUCAACCAAAAGAGAAGUAGCUGUCAAAUUCAUCAGCAAAAAAAUGAAGAAAAAAGAUCAAGUAGCACAUGAGGCAGCUAUUUUAUUAAACCUACAACACCCACAAUUUCCUGCAAUAUGUGAUACUUACGAGUUUCCCUCUGGCUACAUUUUAGUUCUUGAACUCUUAGAUAAUGGUCGCUUGCUUGAAUUCUUGGUAAACCAAGGGGAACAUUUGGAAGAAAAAGUAGCCUUUUACAUCCGGGAUACUUUGGAGGCUCUCCAGUACCUACACAACUGCAGAGUUGCUCAUUUGGAUUUGAAGCCAGAAAAUCUAUUGAUUGAUCUUCAUACGCCUGUGCCACGUGUCAAGCUUAUAGAUUUCGGUGACGCUGUUCAAAUCACAACUUAUUAUUACGUACAUCAGUUGUUGGGAAAUCCAGAAUUUGCAGCUCCUGAAGUAAUUCAGGGAACACCAGUUUCAUUAAGUACAGACAUCUGGAGCCUUGGAGUCCUCACUUACGUGAUGCUGAGUGGGGUAUCCCCCUUCUUAGACGAGAGUGUAGAGGAAACAUGCAUGAACAUUUGUCGACGGGAUUUCAGUUUCCCUGAUGAGUACUUCCAGGGAAUUAGUCACAUUGCACGAGACUUCAUAAGGGCCCUACUUCAGGGUGACUUCCGCUGGAGACCCACAGCUGCCACCUGUUUACAAAAUCCUUGGCUUCAUCCUCAGAAUGACAGCUAUUCCACAACCCCACUGGAUACCUCAAGGUUGGCUUUGUUUAUUGAGCGCCGUCGACAUCAAAAUGAUGUGCGUCCUGUUAGCAAUGUGAAAGGUUUCUUACCAAGCAAUCUUGGAUCAAGGAUGUGAAAUAAUAGUAACCUAUACAUGUUGAGUCACUGACUUGCUGAACAAUGCGUUGAGAGCGGUUAUACUCCACACAGUACUGGAGUAUUGGGGUUGAGCACAACUUGAAUAGAUUUGAACAGGUUUAUGUUACAAUAAGAUCAUAUAUGUGUGUAAAUAUAUAUAUAUAGAAUAUUUCUGGAAUACUAUCCUUAGAGAUACAUGGGAAACCAGAUGAACAAAUUUCAAUCUAUUUACUUUAGAUUGAAUGCAAAUGUUUCAACCCUUUGAGAAAUGAAUGUUGCUUGAAAUUUCAAAGAGCAUUGAGUUUUGUAUUGCAUAUAACAGCUGCAAAUUUAAACUCCUUUCACAUGCUGAAUAUAACAAAUUAAAUGCCAAGGAAAGAGCAAAAAUUGCAUCAUAAUCACACAGUAAACAAAGUAAAUUAGAGGUUUAAAGUGAUUUAAUUCAUUAAUUCAGAGCUGUUUUAAUCCUUGAAAUGAUAGCAGGCAUUCCAUAAGAUCUGCAAUGUAGACUAGAGGUGAAGAACUUCACUGGUACCUGUGCAUUUUCAGAAAUGGUGUUGGUGUACUUUACCACUCCUUAGUGAUAGUGGACCCACACCUUCACAAAAUGCAAAACUGCCAAUGAGGCCUCCUCUAGUAGUAUACAUUCGUACAAUAAACUAUGUGGUGUUGUGAAGCAUUAUCAAAAAUUGCUUCCUCUUAGCCCAGUCUUUACUCCAUGGUAUCUGGGAGGCUUCAGGUACUUCACCCAAGUGCCUCUCUUCAUGUGUGGACCUAGAAUGGUGAGUGUUGACAGGCUGUUAUAGCCAAAUAUCUGCAUACAUUGUAAUGCAAAAUAUUGUAAUACAAAAAUAGCAAUCAAGAUCGUGAACUCUAGCUAACUUUUCUUAUUUUCCUCUCUAUCUCACUAGUAUUAAGAUUAAUUUUACCAUCUCUAAUUCCAGCCUUGUUUAUAUCAGUUAAUUCAGUGAUAAUCAUUAAACCUGGCACUUUUCUGUUCUGUGUGGCGAGUACCACACCUUGUGAUAUCUCUACUCAGUAAAACUUAAUGGCACUUAAACCAAAAUCAAAUUUGCCUUUGGUUCUUCAGCUGCAUUGUCAUCUGGAAUGAGAUCACUAAAAAGAAAUGUUCACUGUAUAAGCUUGGUUAAUUUUCAUGUUCUUUUAAUGUACAACUAAAGAUUAAAAAUUUAAAUUAGAAGAAUGAAAAUGUGUUUAUCAAAAUAUGGUAGAUUUGGAAGCCUGCUACCAUUUAAGCAUCCUAUCACUACACCUAUUUACAUGUAAGAGUGUCUGCCUGCAAGCUUAAAAUUUUGGAUUAUUAAAAUCCUUGUUAAAAGACAAACUUUUUUUUAUUUUCAUUCAAUUUUUGAAUGGGCUAUUUUCAUCUUUGGUACACACUGAAGUACUAAAUAACACAGAAAAAAAGUCCUGCUUUCUAUUUCUGUUAAUUUCCUCCUUGGAGAUAGGGCUGAAAAUGCAAGUGAAGAAGGUGAGGCAUUCAUUUGUUUUAGGGUGUCAUCCAUUAGAUUUCUUGACAUACAAGGAAUGACUUCAAUUUAAAAACCAAAAUGCAGAUACUUUUCCUCAAAGCCAGCAGAGCUCGUAAAUGCCGGAUGCAUCAUUAGUCGCCAUGUUAUACUCUUAAUCUAAGUGAUGGAAAAAAGGGCAACUUUAGCUGCAAGUUCCUCAUGCAGCUACCAAUCCACUUCAGCUGCUAUCAAACAGGUUUGGAUGCUGGACUUCAGGGUCAUUGUUGACAGACUGAUGCAUACAUUUUGGUUACUGUUUCACUUCAAUUUUGCCUGCCAGUUUUAAUUGCCUGUUCAGUCUGCCCUAUCAAAGGCUGACAUAUCUUUUGAGGCUUUCCAAAGGCUCACAAUUUUUAUCACCUUCAUUAUGUCUGAUUUAUUUACUACUUUCCUCUUCCCGUCAUCAAUGUGCACCUACAUCUGUCUCUACAUCUGUUGAUCUAUGGUUAUGAAAAAUUAUGUAAGUAAACAGAGAAUUAACUGUUAUUAACAUUGAGAAUUUUGUUAACUUCUCAAAUGAGAUUUGCAAUAGUUUAUUAUUAUUUCAGAAUUGACAUGCGGCCAUAGUCUAAAACCUGCCCCAAUUCUUUUUAAUAACGGGCCAGAUUUACAAAAUAAAAAGUAACAAUGUGGAUAUUACUGCACCUUCUGCAGUCUGUACAUGUUCUGUUAAAGGCAGAAAUAAAGAAAUUCCUGUCCAGGUUUCCGUGCUCCAGCAGAAACUCUGUAACAGAAUCUUACUGAAAGAUUUAGCAUUCAUGUGAAUGAAAUAGCAUGAAGUUAAUAGACACCCUUAAACAUGCCAGAAAAAUGUAGGUCUUGUCAAUUCAAGUGAACUUUCAGCAGAUGAUAUAUUACAGCCACACAAGGUUUUUGGUCCUGAAACUCAACAUAUGUAUGUGUGGAGUCUCAGUUCUUCAGUUUUUAGUUAUUGUUUUAGACUUGAAAAGAAAAUAAAUAAUAUUUGAGCUUCAUUUCUUUCUUAACUCUAACUUUCUUUCCUUCUCUUUAUUUCAUUGUGUGUACAUUGAAUCAGCGGGCAGAAUUUCACUGACAUCUCAAUGGAUGGCUGAGGAGGGGGACAGGGUACUGGGCCAUUUCCAAACGAUGGGCUGUGAUAUGCACCAGCUGUAAAUUCCAAAGAGGCAGGCAGACCAUUUAAAUAGCUAAACCCCCAUUGGGAAGAACCUAGCUCUGUUUUUGUUCAAGUGAUGAGGUUUUAUUUAAUGUAUAAUUCCAUUCACAUCAGUCGACAAUUAAUGAUGCUCGCAGCAUAUUUAGUUUUGCCAUCAUCACUGCCCAAGUUCUCCUUCAUUUGUAUUGUAACCCUGUAUCAUUUCAUCAAAUACCACACACUUUCCAACCAUGGGGUAUCUGCCGGGCAUAUAAAGAAUUGGGAUCCAUUUGUAUUUGUUCUAGCGUUUCCUGUGUACAGGGUAUCAGUUUCUUUGUGUUUUAGUUUGAAAUUUUCAUCAGCAAACUUGUCACUGCAGAUGGACCUGCUGCCCAUGCUGUUAUGUCUUGUGAAGUCAUCACCCUGCCUAGUUCUUAUAACCAAGCUGCUUCUCAUCAGUGCCCACAACGUUUCUGCGGUUUUUGGGGCCGCAUUGGCAAAGAGCUGCAUCUUGAUGUGCCCCAGUUACUUCUGGCAGGGAUGUGUAUGCAGGGUUCUUCUUGCUUAACAUGACACUGUCAGGAUUGUGCUCACUUCAGUUGGCAGAGGAAACCAUAUGUGGUAUAAGUUAUGCAGACUAUAGAGAAAAGCACAAAUGGCAUUACUUCCCAAACCGUCAAGCAAUGAAGUAGGGUUUGGACUUGGGGACCUUCCUGCUCAUUGACAGGAGCAUUACCAGAUGAACCAUUCAGCUCCAAAGGACUCAGUUGAAUGAGUGACGUUCCCAGAGAACAGGGGAGCUGGGCUUUACUCCCAAAAGUGACAGCGUUUAACAUUGAAGCUACAUUCAUAACAUGGAGCUCAAAUGCAAGGCCGUGCAAUUGACUAUUGCCUGAGCUAGCUGGGCUAAGCAGCCAGCACUAAAAUACAAUGUCCACUGAGCAUCACUUGCACUCUAACGGCCUCAGAAAGGAUUCAUCAAUCCGACUUGUUAAGCAGACACAUCUUUGCUUGCCUUUUUCACACAGUCUCCAAAUCCUUUGUAGAGGAUACCAGGUCAUUUUUACUCCUAAUAACCACAAAUUCCGCUAAGUUUAAUGAAAGCAAAUCAUGUUCAUUGCUUCUAAUAGAAAAUUCCACACCAUUGUACAUAAUAUUGUAAUGUUACAGAAAUGUGAUGGGAAUAAUUCAGUUUUGUGAAUGCCUUUACUCAGUUUAAUAAGAUGCUUGACUCGGAUUCUAGUGUAUGAAACAGAUUUUAACGGCUCGUACUUCUUGCAUUAAUUAAAGAACACAGUUAACAAGAAUUUUCUUAGUUAUACAGAAAUAUGGAAUUUAUAUCAACUCUGUCCAUCUGUCAACAUAUCCCAAUUUGUUUGCUGUUAUAUUUGUCUAUAUAACAGUGACUACAGUUGAAAAUAAUUUAUGUGAAAUGCUUUUGCAAGUUUCUCAAAAUUGAUGUGGUGCUAUAUAAAUCUCUGUUCUCUUUCUAUUCAUUUGUCAAGCAGAUGGUAAUAAAGAUCAAACACUGAUAGUUUAAUCAAUUUAUCCAUUGAAUAACUGAGCAACACAGAAUAGAAAGAUGUCAGUCUGUGCUGAGCUAGAUGGUCUUAGUUGAGUGAUGUCUGUUGAGCAACAAUGGAUCUAAGCACAAGGGGGUUAGAGAGGAGAAAAACUGACUUCAGAAUUUUGCCAUUGGUAAUUAUCCAAGAGCAGGAUUAAGCUUUGCAGGGACACUCCCAGGCAGAAACAGUCUGUCAACAGUCACACAUAAAGAAUAACUGGUACUGGGGAAAUUGUACCUAUGGAUGUUUUAUGUGACUGACCUUCAGGGGGUGUGAAAGAAUUCUUAAAUAAAACAAGAAUCAGAUAAUGUUUUGUUGCCUAAAAACGCAAUAGUGACAAUAAAGGGUGGUAGACGUUUAGAAACAUUGGAAAAAGUAGAUAAGAAAUGCAUCAUAUUUAAGUCAUUACUUUGGCCUAAUAUAUGCGCCACAAUAUUUACAGUUUUCACAUGCCUCCAAAAAGUUCUCUACAGAUCUUUCACUUCUUUUGAUCAUUUUUUAUGUAAGCAUAAGUAUUCCCUGCCAUAUAAUCUGUUGACAAUGUUGCAGAAUAUGGUGAUGUACUUCAAAGUCCAGAAACCUACGGUGGCUGUUAAGUGAAAACAAACAUUAACUUUACAGAUGAUAAAGCAUAUGAAAGAAGGAGCAUGUAAAGGGUAGAGCUGACAGUUUGGCAGUCCCUGGAACAGCUUCAACAGGGAAUUUUGAACAGCAUCUGAAGCUCUCACGCCACACAGGUCAGGGUCUCAGUGACAUUUACAGAUAAGGUCUGAUCAUAUCAUUGAGAACCAGAUUACAUUUAAUCAGCACAAGUCUGGUGUCAGCCUCUUUACAGAAGUCCAGUGCACAGAUAAACAUCUCCAUAAGAAGGCUGAGGGAAGAAAAUACUUUUAACUGAUUUCAGGGAGACAGGCCCCAUAAAGAAUUUUUGGGUCUCCCAGGUUCCACAUGGAUUUCUGUUUGGGACCUCAUCCAAACCCUGGACCAACCUAACUGCUCAUUCAUCCUGCAACCUACCCAAUGGCCUCUGGUGUCCCCACGCAACUCCCAUCUGUUUGCUGGUUAACAUUGAUGUUGGGUGCAGGCCAGCGUUGACCCUGCUGUAUUUAUAUGAAGCUCAGAUACUAAAAAGCCUCUAAUCCCACAUUGGCACGCCUAGAUGAUUUUGAUUCUCUGCUGGUCCACACUUGCCACAUGCCCCGAGUAGAAUCAAGGUUUAAAAUGGUUGCAUUGUACUAUAGGAAAAUCAUUGAGUUUGACGCUAUGUUUUAAAUGAAAAGUAAUUUCUUUUUAUACAGUGGAAUGUAACAACAAGAUGCUAAAUGCAAUAGAGCUGUAUUGGCAAGUUGCUGAUUCCAAUUCUGGAACCAAAAUGGUAGCACAGCACAAGGGGUCAAUAAACUUUUGUGAGAAACAUUGAAGCCAGUGCACAUAACAGGUGCAGAAUUUGCUUAUCUUUACUGUAUUUUCUUAUUCACUUUGAGCUGAGUUCACUUGGCCCAAAUUUUAAAAAUUUCUAGCAUUGCCCUAUUUUAUUUCUGGACUCAACAACCUAUGUUCUUAAAUGAUUGCUCAGAAUUUUCUAAAAUACGACUUAGACAGUCAGGAUAAUUUUUUCCUGAGUUGAGACAUUUAAUUAAGGUUUUCAGUUGUUUUUCAUCACCAGUAAAACAACCAACAGAAAUUAAAGAAUAAUUCUAUCAUCAUCAUCCUUGUUCUUCCCACAAUUCUGCAGGAUUUUAUUAUCUGGAAUUUGGUUGCAAUGAGACUCCUGAUUCAAAAGGAAGUCCAAGUGAUAUUGUGCACUUUUGAAUGAUAUUUGCCUAUUAAUAUAGCCAAAAUAAUGAUUUUCUUAAUGUCCUUGGAGACCAUCUUCAGUAAACAGCUGUUUUCCACAGUUGGAGACUGCAGCUAAGUAUGUUGUUGUUGAGUGGUCAGAGGCGACCUCUUAUCUGAAGGUUGCUUGUGCCUAAUAACCUUGCAUGGACAUCACAAACAAUCCUUUGUGCAUAUUCUGUCAGAAAUAGCACCACUGCAUCUGCUGAAAAGUAAGAACUUUGUUGAUUUGUUUAGGCUGCUGGAAAACAUUAUGAGAGGUAAUAGCCAUCAAAAAAGAUUAAACAGAAAUCUAGGUGGUAGUGAUGGAGGGACUAACAUUGUUUGCGCUUUCAUGCUGUUCCUUCUUAGACAACAGGGGCUGGCCGCUCUAUAGCUCCCUAAUCAAUCUGCAACAGAAAUGAUGUUUGCUGUUUAUCAUUGUGGGAAUGAACUCCUUGCCUGUGGUGCUCCAGCCAGCAGCAGCACAGCUGAGAUUAAAUAGGGUUUGAAGAGUACAUGAUCUCAUCACCUUCUUACAAGAUAAUUGCUGGUAUGUUUGACCUACUGACAUAUACAUUUGGAAAGUCUAUUUCUAAACCUAUAUCAGACUGAAACCUUACAGGUUGUUUAUCCAGGCCUCUACUUAAUUCAGCACUUUUCAAUUUAUCGGCUUUUUUUUGACAGCUACCAUUUUAAUGAGUUAUCCCAACCUGUUGAGAAAUCUUCAUAUAACCAAAUAUGUUACAACAGUUUAAUAGCCACACUGACCUCACCAUGUGUGGUAUUUAAUCCUGUGUUCAUUAUGAUCUCUUGGUAGUGUUGUACUGAGACACAUUUUUUUAAUACAAUGCAAAUCAUCUUUUCCAUUCUUGCUUAAAAUUACUUUCAUUCAAUGUGUUGCACUUCUAAAAUUCAAAAUCAGGUUUUUAGUUUGAAGAUUGUUUUUGACAUUUUUAAAGAUUAUGAGCACCUAUAUUGUUCACAAGUACUUACUUUAAAAUCAUUUUGUUUGAAAGUAUUUUUAAAAUUGGCAUUAGGUGGAGUAUGAAUUCACAAAUGGUUGAAUACCAGAAAGGCAAAUGCACUGUUGUAAAGUUUAAUGUUCACAAAUGUGUGCAAUGUUGUCAAACAUUUAUAGAAGUGCUGGUUACAUUAGCUGAGCUUUGUCGUCCUAGAAACUUGCUACCCUUUUUUGGCUUACUAUAUAGUUCACAUUUCUGCACAAAGUAAAUCUGUACAGUUAGUGUUAGUAAACAAUCAGACCAAACAAAGUGUUUCUAAAGCUGACUUUUGAAGCAGUAAUGAUUUAUUUUUACAUUAUAGAAUUUAAUAAGGAUACACACAGCUUUACAGCCUUAAAGUAUCUCAAUUGCUUGCCCCAGCACUAUUCCAUGUUAGCCUUUUAUUGAUCAUUAAGCUUUGUUGCAUAUUUUUAGUAAUAAAUGUUAUAUAAAGUCCGGUGUAUAUAUUUAAUUUUUGAUGAUUUACAGAGAAAAUAUGUUGUAAUUUUUGGAAAGUGGAACAGGAACAUUUUAGUAAUUGCUAAAGAUUCUUUUUACUUCUCAAAAACUAACAGAAUGUAUAUAUGCAUAUAAUAAAUUUGAAACUGCAUGCAACAUCCUGUAUCUCACAUUACAAAGUUUCAACAAGUGAUUCACACACAUUACUAGAUAAUAAAAGUUAGAAUAUUUCAUAAAAUGUUUUGCUUUGGUUACAUGUUAGCAAAAAUUCAAAUCAGGUCUUUACUGUUUCACAU